AGGUCGUCUGCGAUCAGCCAGGGCUGCGCCUGGGCUGCCUGGAGCUCUUCGUGCGGCUCCGCGCGGCCGCGCCCGGCGAUGGCCGUGCGCAGGCGGAGCAACACGCCGAGCAGGCCGCCCACAGCACUGGUCACUUCGCAGUGAGCGAGGACCACCGCCAGCGCCGGCUGGUGCGCUGGAGGGCCGCGCCCACGCCGCGGCUGUGGGAGGAGAGGGCCGCGGCGAUCGCCGCUGGCCGUCGCCCCACCGCACGCCUCCGGGAAGACCAGACUUGGCGCGCCAGCUGCGCGCUCACCUCUGGCGAGCCAGAGGCCGCCGGCGACCGGACGCUGGGCCUGGAGGCGGUGGACUGGCUUUGGGAGGGCCUCAACGCCCUCGUGCUCGCGGUGUCGCCCGGGACCGAGGCCGUGACGCCACAUUCCGCGGGGCUGUUCGGCCCCGGGGUCUACGUCGGCGGCAGUGCAGCAGCUGAAGCCAAAGGCGAAGGCCGACCCUGCGGCGGCUGGCGGGGUGUAGUCGGCUUCUGCUUUGAGGAGCUCUGCCGGCGGGCGGAGGCGGACCCCGACCCCGCGAGGUACUGCCUGGGCCUCUCCCUUUGGGAGCUGCUCGGGGACGGCGCACGGGACCUGCUCGCGGAGGCUGGCGAGGAUACCUCUCAUGAGCUCCGCUUCGAGACGGCGCAGUUCAAGAGAGCGGAAGAUGCGAUGUCGUUGCUAGAGGCGGCAGGCUUCUUCGGUGGAGUUCACAGCUCCCAAGGGCCUCGACAUCUGUUCGCCCGCGCGGUCCUCUUCGAUGCGCAGUGGGAGUCCCUGGCGGCGCUCCACUUCGCCGAGGUGGCUGGGUGUGCAGCCGGAGACGCUCCGGCAGGCGCCACGGCGACGGACCGGGAGGCCCUCUUCGCCCUCCUCGAGGCCGCGGCCACGGGCGACGCGGCCCCAGCCACGCCGGCGGUCGGUGCUUGCAAGCUCGCGGAGGUGCUGACGCCGCUUCUGCUGGGGAACUGCAAGCCCUUCCUGCUCUGCACGGUGCCCGAGCGGCCCCGCGACGGCGCCGAGGCGAUCG